GAAGUUAUAUUAGUCAGUGCGUGAAACAAACACCUUUUAAAUAGCAUAAUUCAUUGUGUGUAUUAAUUCAACUUUAAGGAAGAAAGUAAACAAAAAGUGCCGAUUAACAUUAGUGUUCACAGAAAUCAUUGAGGGUAAAUUGCUACCGUGAGUGUCUGUGUAGUAUUGUUAAGAAACAAAAAGACCCGCAUUUUUAUUGAUUAAUUUGACUGUUUUCAACAACCAGUGGCUUAUUUAACAUAAAUCUAGCGGUUUGAACGUUGCGCAUUACCGCGACACUGUUAUUUACUCUAUCGGUACAAGUUCAAACCUUCAAUCUUUAUCAUAGAUGAAGAUUUAUUUUACUUUCGAAAUUUUUUUUUUUUGUUUCUUAAAUUGUUUAUACGUCAUUUUACGGCGGUGCAACUUAAAAACAAAUCAAGACCCAAUCGUAUAAAAAGUUGAAAUAUUUUAGUACCCCAGUCGUUCUAAACCCACAACGCCUACAAGUUUUUUAAAGUCAAUCUUACAUAGUGUCAAUUGAAAUAUUAGAAGUGGCAGGAGUACUAAUAAAUUAUACUUUAUAAUAAUGUCCAGUAAAAAUAAUGAAUGGGGAUGUUGCGGAGGGUCUAAUAAAGAGGACAAUGGGUACAUUCUAUGUAAUACAUGCCGCAAGACAUUUCACUUGGCUUGUUUGACUUCAUCAACUGUUAACCCUCAAAAUCUGAUUGAACCAUCAUGGAAUUGUCCAACAUGCACUACCCCCCAGCCAAAAAACCCUAACAACGAUGAGACUCCGGUGCGUUUCAAUCCAAAUAUAACAAUCCGCGCCACAAAAAGGCAGGCGUUACAAUCCCCCCCUGAUAACGCAUCAGAAUAUACAUUUAAAGAAGAUAUGCGUAGCGUUGUUCAGGAAGUGGUUCGCAAGGAAAUAGAUGGAUUGAAUACUAAUCUUAGCAACUCCCUUCAAUUAUUCAGUACUGAAUUGAGAGCCGUUAUGAAUGAAAUGAAGGAUAUUAAAGACUCAAUGAACUUCAUGAACAGCAAAUUUGAGGAUGUCCUUAAAGAGCAAGCCGAAGUUAAAAAAACUCUGUCGGAUCUAAAGGUAGAAAACUUGACUCCUAAAAACACAAUAAAAGACGUAUGCACACGACUUAACAUGCUGGAACAAAAUGCACGCUCAAACAAUGUGGAAAUCCAAUGCAUCCCGGAGAAGAAAAAUGAAAAUAUUGUUGAGAUUAUAACCAACAUUGGCAAAGUCAUUAACUGUAAUAUUUCCAGGGACAAUAUUUCCCAUUGUACUCGCAUAGCUAAACUAAAUCCUGGAAGCACAAGACCCAGAUCGAUCGUAGCUCAAUUCAACACCAUUCAAUCCAGAAAUUUGUUCAUGGCCGCAGCUAUAAACUUUAACAAACCGAAACCUAUUCACGAUAAACUCAACAGCUCUCAUCUUGGAUACGAAGGAUCGAAAACACCUAUAUUCAUUACUGAUCAUCUAUCACCGACAAACAGAGCCCUGCACAUUGCCGCCAGAUCCGCUGCAAAAGAAAAGGGAUAUAAAUACGUUUGGAUUAAAAAUGGCCGUAUUUACAUGAGGAAAAGCGACAAAGCGAACUGCAUAACUAUAAAGGAUAUGGACACUAUUCACAAACUUAAAUAAUUGUUAGCUAGUAAUUAUGAUAUUAUUAUUUUAACAGAAACUUGGCUUAAUAAAAACAUCCUUAGUUCUGAAAUAUUCGACAACAGAUACGUAGUAUACAGGAGAGAUAGAGAGGACUUUACAUUUAAUUCGCAUAAAGAUGGGGGAGGAGUCUUAAUUGCCAUUAAUAAAAAUAUUCACUCCAAAAGGCUUCAUCACUAUGAUAGCAAAUGCGAAGACCUGUGGGUAGCAGUAGACUCAUCCUCAUCUACCUACCAGAUUGUUUUUUGUGCCGUGUAUCUCCCACCACCAAUUCAUAGUUCGCUACUUAAUCAUUUUAUCGAUAAUUUUAAUAAAGUAAAAGAGCAACUUAACACACAAAUUUGCCUCAUCGGAGAUUUUAAUUUGAGCAACUUAAACUGGAGUAGUGUAUACAACUCAGAAAAUUUACAGACUUCUCCCUUAUAUCAAAGCUUUAUUGAUUUUUCUAUGGUAAACAGCCUAAAACAAUGCAAUUUUAUUAAUAAUUCUAUGGGUAGAACACUUGAUUUAGUCUUAAUAGACACAAUAUCAUGCACUGUUUCUCGAGCAACAGACAUAUUAUGUACCGAGGACCCGUUACAUCCACCACUCAUAGUUGAAAUUACUUUUUCUAGUAGUCCAACUCUGCCAUACAAUCUUGAGACACGUAGGCUAAAUUUUCAUCUAGUUGACUAUGACAAAGUUAACAAAUAUUUAGCCAAGAUCGAUUGGGAUGAACUUUUCACAGGUGUCGAAGACAUCGAUCAGAUGGUAGACAUUUUUUAUAAUAAUAUCAAAGAAGUAAUUAUAAAGAAUGUACCUGUUACUAGAGUAAAGAAUAAAAGAUAUCCAUUAUGGUUCUCCAAGGACCUAAUUAAUCGCCUACGGG